CGCGCAUGGGGACAAAAUGUUGAGGAUGUAUGUAUGGAGUCACGACGCAACGCAGUUCGUCAUGACCUGAAGUGAAUCACGAUGGGAUUGCUUUAGUGACGUGGAAUUUAGGUUAGAUACAAUUAGGCAUGGCUUGUAUGUGCUGCAUAUUUACCAGCAGCUGAAGCAUAAAGCUGCUCAUUGAUCCCUCUUUUCAUCACCUUUUUUUUUGUAUUAUACAUGUUCAUCCAGAGCAGAAAUUUCCCCGCCGAUUUUUUUCACCCUGAACUCUUGCACUAUAUUUAUGUAGUGAGGAGCGCGUGGUGCGCUGACUGAGUGCGCCGCUGAAGUCCAGCGGAUUUCUCUGGGAGGACGCUGCUCUUUGCUUAGUGCACCUGUGGACGUCUGCAAAAAUAGCACAGUGGACGCCUUUUGUGUUUCUAUUUUUAUUUAUUUUACCAAACGCGUUAUAUUGUUAGGUUUUUUUUUUUCUGCAGCACAAAGCGUCUAUCGGAUGCACGGCUGGGUUUCCAACAGUCGGAGAGCUCUGGUCAGAUUCAGCACCACAUCAGCUUUGGACAGCUCCGCGUGGAUGGGCUCUGUCGGUCUCCGUGUCUCCAGCAGCUCCUAACUACCGGCAACAAUGGCAUCGCAAGGUUUCUGGUCUCUUGGCGGAGAUAAUGCGGGGGCCAAUAAUACCGGGAGUCAGAGCCCCAGUACACCCAGGGCUUGGUGCCAAGCGGCGGCCCAGAAAUUAUCCGGAGGAAUUGGAUCGAAAUUAUGUGCGCUGCUCAAUGUCGGGGAAGUGGAGAAGCCCGCCGAGCCGGCCGCCAAGCAGCCGCCGGAGACCGAGGCUGCUGGCACCUGCGGCUGCAACAAAUCCUGCAACUGCACCAAAGCUGCUGUGGUCUUCUCCGACCUCUAUUCAACAGACCUGUUACCUGCCAUGGACAGUGACGCCAAAACAAUGACCUUCCUGCAGGAAGUUGUAGAUAUUUUACUGGCCUACAUCGUGGAGUCUUUCGACCGGGACACGAAGGUUAUUGAUUUUCAUUAUCCAAACGAGCUGCUUCAGAUGAACAACUGGGAGCUGCAGGGCGAGCCGGCCUCUCUGGAUGAUAUCUUGAUCAGCUGUCGCGCUACUCUCAAAUACGCCAUCAAAACAGCCCACCCCAGGUACUUCAAUCAGCUCUCUACAGGAUUAGACAUGGUUGGACUAGCAGCUGAUUGGCUAACAUCCACUGCCAACACCAAUAUGUUCACCUAUGAGGUGGCUCCUGUCUUUGUGCUGCUGGAAUACGUCACUCUGAAGAAGAUGAGGGAGAUCAUUGGCUGGCCGGAUGGGCGAGGAGAUGGCAUUUUCUCUCCUGGUGGGGCUAUUUCUAAUAUGUAUGCCAUGCUGCUGGCUCGCUUCAAGAUGUUUCCUGAAGUGAAGGAGAAAGGAAUGUCAUCUGUUCCCAGACUGGUGGCCUUCACAUCCGAACAUAGUCAUUUUUCAAUCAAAAAAGGUGCGGCAGCCCUUGGCAUCGGGACAGAGAGUGUGAUCUGCAUCAAAGCAGAUGAAAGUGGUAAAUUGAUCCCAGGUGACCUUGAGAAAAGAAUACUGGAGGCAAAACAGAAGGGUUUUGUUCCUUUCUUUGUAAGUGCAACUGCUGGAACAACAGUGUACGGAGCUUUUGACCCUCUCAUCGCCAUUUCUGAUAUCUGCAAAAAGUACAACAUCUGGAUGCAUGUUGAUGGUGCGUGGGGAGGAAGUCUCCUCAUGUCCCGGAGACACAGGUGGAAGCUGGAUGGAGUUGAGAGGGCCAAUUCAGUAACAUGGAACCCACACAAGAUGAUGUCCGUCCCUCUGCAGUGUUCAGCCCUGCUGGUCAGAGAGGAGGGUUUGAUGCAGAACUGCAACCAGAUGCACGCCUGCUACCUGUUCCAGCAGGACAAACACUACGACCUGUCCUAUGACACUGGGGACAAAGCGCUGCAGUGUGGACGCCACGUAGACAUCUUCAAGUUGUGGCUCAUGUGGAGAGCUAAGGGCACCAUUGGGUUUGAGGCUCAGAUUGACAAGUGUUUGGAGCUGUCGGAGUACCUCUACAACAAGAUCAAAGACAGAGAAGGAUACGAGAUGGUCUUUGAUGGGAAACCUCAGCACACCAACGUCUGCUUCUGGUACCUCCCUCCUGGGAUCCGCCACAUGGAGGACAAAGAGGAGAGAAAGAAACACUUGCACAAGGUGGCUCCAGUGAUAAAGGCCAGGAUGAUGGAGUACGGGACAACCAUGGUCAGCUACCAACCACAAGGAGACAAGGUCAACUUUUUCCGCAUGGUGAUCUCAAAUCCCGCCGCUACCUUCCAGGACAUCGACUUUCUUAUUGAGGAGAUUGAACGACUCGGCCUGGAUCUAUAAGACUCAUCUCACCUCAAGUCCUUCUGUACUUUUCCCCUUGAAGGAUGAAUUGUUUGUCGUGAAUGUACUGGUAAACUUUUUAUUUUCUCUCUCUUUCCUCCAAAGUCACAUAUUUAAGAGUAUAUUUGAGGAAAAAAAGAUCUACAGAUAUAUCCAUACAUUAUGUAUUGUAGCUUUGCCGUGGACUAACUUGGUCCAAAGCUAUGUAAAAGUGCUUCUGUCUGCCUUUCCUAUAGUGUAGUCGAUUUCAGAGUAGUGCAAGUAAUGUAACUUUAUAUGUACUUUUUGUGAAAUGCUUGUGCAAUAGGUCGAUGAGGAAGAGUUUUAUUUUUUUUUUUUUUUAUUAUUUCUCAUUUGCCGAGUAUGUUGCCAAACGUGGUUGUGUUCUAUUGUAACUUUACAUUUUAAACUUCUGGUUUAAAACAAAAAAAGCACUUCACCUUACCUCAGCUUAAUCAACUGCCUUUACGUCUGCACAUACUACUCCAAGCAGUGAUCUUUGGACAAUUUUCUCCUGACUGGUGAUGCAUAGCAGCAUGUUACAUAAAUAUCCAUACCAGAACAGGCCGUCAUAGGGAUUUUGAAAUAUGUACAAAAUGAGGCAUUUCCAUCAUAAUUACACAACAGCAAAGUCAAUUCAAAGCAUUUAUUAAGGCGUGUGGUUCCAUCGUGCAUCACAUCGGCUUUUGACAGUCUGGUCUGCAGCUUAUGAUGCUAAUUUAAUAUUGCAGCUUAUUACUUCUAAUAAUUUCUACUCUUUUUACACACACACUUCUUUCUAGUGUAUUUAAGGUGGUAAAGGCUUGUUGAACCCAUUUUGUUUGAUGUCACCAGCUACAUGCACAUAUAACAACCAGGCUGUGUAUUUAGCUGUGCUGAGUGUGCUUUACAUGUUGUAGUGAUGAUCUAAAAUGAGAGUAUUAACAUUACAAGAGUAUUACAAGAGGUAACGUUACCAUUUUCUUUAUUUGAAACCCCAUUUUUGCUACGAUUAACCAACAUUUGUUUAGCCAUUCAAAAUAUUCUGAGUUUUUAAUUGCCUCUCUUUAUAUUAGUAUUAAUUGUUAGUGGCGGAGUCCGCCUUUACCAACCAAGGGAAUUCAAGUUGCAUAACCCACGCACAAGGGGACAUUUCAUUUGACCUAAUGGAUCAAAUUGUGAUAACACAAAGUAUCAUGUCAGAGUGUGUGGCACUCAUCUUGUUUUUUGGGGAAUUAUUGUGUAUGAGAAGCAAGGCUGGAUUACCAACUGGGCAAAGUGGUUAACUGCCAAGGGGCCCCAUGCCCUGAAGGGCCACCAAAACCCUGAGUUUACUGCAUGUCAGCUGGUUUUGAUUAAUCGCAAAUUUGCCAAAUUUAAGAACAAUAUCAACAGGCCCUGCAUUCUUAGCAAAGCUUGUGGUCAUCUCUUCUAAAGUCGCGUUUCCACAAAACAGUCCAGUUCAGUCCGGUCCAGUUCAGUUUGUUAAAGUUGUGGAUAGUACCUGGUCCUUUUUUUGGUACCACCUCGGUCGAGGUUCCAAGCGAGCUGAACCAAUACUAAAAGGUGGCGUUAAAACAAUGCAGACCAAUGAUUGGUCAGAGGGAAUCCUCACAAGCAUCACUUGCACGGCAUCCUGCACAAACCCCACCUACCAAAGAGCGGUAGGUGGGGGUCAGUAGCGGCCCGACAGCACAGUCUUGCCCCUGGGUCUACUGAUGAAUCGAUCCAGCCAAGAUGGGAAGCUUUUUGGGCCAGUGGGCAUCACAUGACCAGCAAUACUGACUGUGGCCACAACUCCAAAAUCCCCUUGCAGCCCAUCAUUGCGCCUAUCGGCUCUGUCACACACUUGCUGUUAUCACAAUACAAUUUUAAGGAUUAGACCUUUAAAGUUGUAAAUCCUCUCAUCUACAGUAACAUAACGAAGAGCUAUUUGUCAGGGGUGUUUUUAGAUGAGAAACUACAGAAAGAUGGAGGAUCUUACGAAAACUGGGAACGGGGCAACAAUGGUGUUUUGUCUGGAUAUAGGAACUUCACCAGACUUGCAGCUACUGCAUACCUGACAUCAUUUGCACUAAAUUAUUGAGGAAGGAGGAGCAUCCCUUAGCUUCGCAACUGAGAUUCCUUCUUUAUUCAUUCACAAGCAAUAUUCGAAUAUGGGUCCAAUCUAUAUACCCUGCACAAUAUCAAAAGAAACGGUGAAUUCAAGUGUACAAUAGUUAACGAUAAUCAAGUUUGCUACUAGUUAGCCAAAACUAAAAACAUGCUUACUGUAGGCAGGUUAGUUGAUGGAAUGUGAACCCUGGUUUAACAAGCAGAGGUUCUGUAGCAUUUUCAUUAGAAGUUAGAAAAGCACAAUUUGCUCAACACGGUCGCUCAGUGUACAAUCACUUUUGAUCAUAGAUUGUAAAUAGUAUUUCAAGAUGUCCUAAGUACAUAUCUUUGUGUAUACAUAAGUGUAUAUAAGACAUAUAACCAGAGACUAUUUGUGAGGUAAAGUUAUUCAUAUUUUCUCUAUCUCCAAUAUAGAUUACCUGUAUUUUCAUCCUGUUUGUCCAAAAGGCUUUUUUCGUGUGUGUGUGUGUGUGUGUGUGUGUGUGUGUGUGUGUGUGUGUGUGUGUGUGUUUGUGUGCGUGUGCGUGUAUAUGUACAGUACAGUAUGUAUGUCAGAUACGUGACUUGGUUUGUGACUCUUCUAGCUAUUUCAAGGAAAACGUGUUUCAGUGACAUGGCUUUAAAGAAACUGACAGAUUUCACCUCGAAUUAACUUGGUGAUUAGAUUUUAAGUGAAUAUGCAAAGCCAUUUUGACUCUGAAGCCCUGUGUUUUUUGUGCACAAAGUAAAUACUUGACGGUAUGUCCACGUGCCAAUGUGUACCUUAGUGUGUUUGUAACUGUGUUGCCUUAGUAUAAAUUUGCCAGUAUUGUCUAGUUUUCCUCCAAAGAGGAGGUUGUGCACUUUAGAGUAUACUACAUGACCUAAUAACGUGCAAUGUCCAAUGGUUGUUCAUAAGUUGAUGUUAAAAAAAAAA